AUGGCGCCUGCCGCGUUCGACGCCGAGGCCGGCGGCCCGGCGAUCGUGGCCGCGGCAGGCAACGACGCGCACAAGCCCGCCCCCGGGGCCGGGGCCGACGCCGACGCCGGCGCCGCCUUCGUGCUCGAAUCCAAAGGGACGUGGUGGCACGCGGGUUUCCACCUGACGACGGCGAUCGUGGGGCCGACGGUGCUGACGCUGCCGUACGCGCUGCGGGGGAUGGGCUGGGCUCUCGGCAUCACCACGCUCUCCCUCAUCGCCGCCGUCACCUUCUACGAGUACUCCCUCAUGUCCCGCGUGCUCGACCACUGCGAGGCGCGCGGCCGCAGGCACAUCCGCUUCCGCGAGCUCGCCGCCGACGUCCUCGGCUCCGGCUGGAUGUUUUACUUCGUGGUGAUUGUGCAGACGGCCAUCAAUACAGGGGUUAGCAUCGGUUCCAUCUUGCUGGCGGCCGAUUGCAUCGAGCAUGAGAUCAUGUAUUCGAGCCUUGCUCCCGAUGGUCCCCUAAAACUGUACCACUUCAUCAUCAUCGUGGCUGUGGUGCUGGCCUUCCUCUCCCAACUACCAUCGUUCCACUCGCUGCGGCACAUCAACUUGGUCUCACUACUCCUAAGCUUGGGCUACACCAUCCUUGUGUCUGCUGCUUGCAUUCGUGCAGGUUUGUCGAAAAACGCUCCAGCCAAGGACUACUCUCUAAGCUCAUCCAAGUCAGAGCAGACCUUCAAUGCCUUCCUCUCCAUUUCCAUCCUGGCAUCUGUUUUCGGCAAUGGCAUUAUCAUAGCCCAAAGUGCUACCUUGGCGCCGCCGGCCGCCGGAAAGAUGAUGAAGGCUCUGGUGAUGUGCUACUCCGUCAUAGGCUUCACCUUCUACCUCCCGUCGAUCACCGGGUACUGGGCGUUCGGCAGCCAGGUCCAGUCCAACAUCCUCAAGAGCCUCAUGCCGGACUCGGGGCCGGCCCUCGCGCCGACCUGGCUGCUGGGCCUCGCCGUUCUCUUCGUCCUCCUCCAGCUCCUAGCCAUCGGCCUCGUGUACUCCCAGGUGGCAUACGAGAUCAUGGAGAAGAACUCAGCGGACGCGACGCAGGGCAAGUUCUCGCGCCGGAACCUGGUGCCCCGGCUGCUGCUGCGGACGCUUUACCUGGCCUUCUGCGCGCUCAUGGCCGCCAUGCUGCCCUUCUUUGGUGACAUUGUCGGCGUGGUCGGCGCCGUAGGGUUCAUUCCACUCGACUUUGUCCUCCCCGUCAUCAUGUACAACAUCGCGCUUGCGCCGCCGAGGAGGUCCACGCUGUACAUCGCCAACACGGUCAUCAUGGUCGUCUUCACUGGCGUCGGGGCCAUCGGCGCCUUCGCCUCUAUACGGAAGCUCGUGCUAGACGCCGGCCAGUUUAAACUCUUCAGCAACAACGUAGUCGACUGA